AAACCGAAAAAAAAAAAAAAAUACACCCCAAGUGCAAAAACAAAAAGUAAAUUGUAGCUGGCCAGUUGCGUAAAGGCAAGAAUGUUCGCUUCUAUUUUAUUUUUUUGUGGAGCUCAAGGAAAAACGAUUAUCAUCUGGUCUUAGCGAGCGUCGCUUCUAUAAAUAACGUUGCGCCAGGCGCCGCUAAUUACGCCAAAACAUGAAAAUAUUUACAACAACAACAACAACAAGAAGGAGAACUGCGACAACGACAACAGCGAAAGGGAAAACAGCAACGCGAAAAACUCGGCAAUUAAUCAAUUUUCCGCUUGACCAAUAUAUAAUAAAUUCAUUCGAGCUGUAUUCACACGGAAGUUUGUACUAUUAUCAUAAUUAAAAAAAUAAAAAAAAAAUAAGGAAAAGGACACGUUCCACCCGCAAACGGGGCAUAUCAAAGCAAACAUAUGAAACGCCUGCCUGGCAUGGCCUAAAGCAUAUCACACACACCCGCACACACACAUAUACACACCCACACACACGCAGAGUACACACCCUUGGUGAACAUGCAUAUCAGGCAUUCCAAGCAAUGGGAGCAGCUGCUGCUGCUCCUCCUGCUGCUGCCCCGAUCCCUGCUAGCAUCUCGCUACAAUUCCGGCAAACAGCAGCUCUAUGCGAAUGGAGGCAGCUCCAGCACCGGCUCCAGUUCCAGUUCCAGUUCCGGCUCGAGCAGCAACGGCUAUAAGGCCUCGCAACAGAAUGAGGUAUACUCCAUAGCCGAUAGCCAGCCCAUGACAGAUGACGGCUAUCUGGCGCCCUCGCCCCCACCGGCAUAUUAUCCAGCCAGCGAAGUGGACCAUACGGCACAGCAGCAGAGCAGCUGCCAGACGGUGUGCGCGUGCAAGUGGAAGGGGGGCAAGCAGACGGUGGAGUGCAUAGAUCGGCUGCUCAUCCAGAUACCGGAGCACAUUGAUCCCAGCACCCAGGUGCUGGACAUGUCCGGCAACAAGCUGCAAACGCUGUCCAAUGAGCAGUUCGUGCGGGCCAAUUUACUGAAUCUGCAGAAGCUCUAUCUGCGCAACUGCAAGAUUGGCGAGAUCGAGCGCGAGACGUUCAAGGGAUUGACGAACCUGGUCGAGCUGGAUCUCUCGCAUAAUCUGCUGGUGACCGUGCCCAGCCUGGCGCUGAGCUACAUCUCAUCGCUGCGCGAGCUGACGCUCGCCUCCAACCACAUACACAAGAUCGAGGCACAGGCCUUCGGGAGCACGCCCUCGCUGCAUAAGCUGGAUCUCUCUCACUGCGACAUACAGACGAUAUCCGCGCAGGCGUUCGGCGGCCUGCAGGGCCUCACCCUGUUGCGCCUCAACGGCAACAAGCUAAGCGAGCUGCUGCCCAAGACAAUCGAGACGCUCAGCCGGCUGCACGGCAUCGAGCUGCACGACAAUCCCUGGCUCUGCGACUGCCGGCUCAGGGAUGCCAAGCUCUGGCUGAUGCAGCGCAACAUACCGUACCCGGUGGCGCCUGUGUGCGCCGGCGGACCCGAACGCCUCAUCGAUCGCAGCUUCGCGGAGCUGCAUGUGGACGACUUCGCCUGCCGGCCGGAAAUGCUGCCCAUAUCGCAUUACGUGGAAACGGCCAUGGGCGAGAAUGCCUCCAUCACGUGCCGCGCACGCGCCGUGCCCGCGGCCAGCAUCCACUGGUACUGGAACGGACGCCAGCUGGCAAACAAUAGCGCCUUCAGCGCCUAUCAGCGUGUCCACAUGUUCGAGCAGCUGGAGGGCGGCUUCGAGAAGCGUUCGCGUCUGGUGCUGACCAAUGCCCAGGAGACGGACUCCAGUGAAUUCUAUUGCGUGGCCGAGAAUCGUGCGGGCAGCGCCGAGGCCAACUUCACGCUGCACGUGAGCAUGCGUGCCGCGGGCAUGGCCUCCCUGGGCAGCGGCCAGAUUGUUGGCCUGAGUGCCGCCCUGGUGGCGCUCAUCGUGUUCGCGCUGGCGGCCAUCAUGUGCUUGCUGCUGCGCGUCAAGCGGCAGCCGUAUGUGGACAGCAAGACGCCCAAUCAUAUGGAGGUCAUCACCUCGGUGAAUCACCAGAACUCGAUAACUAACAAGACGCAGCCGGCCACUGGCAAUGGCAGCAUCGGAGGCGUCGUCAUCGCCAAUGGAGCUGUGGCCAAUUGCAUCGAUGGCGGCAUGGCCAUUGCCGGCGGCACGCUGGAGCGCAAGAGCAGCAGCGGCAUGGGCAUGGGCACGGACACGGGCGUGCUGCAUGCGGGUGCGGGGGGUGCGGGGGGUGCGGGUGGCAGGCGUGCCAGCGGCUCGCCGCAUGAUCAGCGCAAUACGAAUCCUGUGCAGAAACCGCCGCGUCUCACCGAUCUGCCCUAUUCAACGCAGGGCUAUGACAAUGCGGGCAGCGUGCUCUCGACGGCUCCGUGCUUUAUCUCGCCCAGCGGCUCCACGGGCCAUGGCAACAAUCCGGAUCUGAUCAACGAUACCAAACGCUUUGGCAGCGAUGAGUUCUGCGAUCUCAAGCUGCCCGUCAUGCUCGGCCAGGAGCUGACCGGCGGCAGUGGCGAGUACAGUCGCGCCAACGGCUGCGAUUCGCUGUAUCCAUCCGGCCUGUGGGAGCACACGGCAGCCAGCUCCGCGGAUGAUCUGUUCAUGAAGCGCUACACGGACAAGACGCCCAUCAUCGACUCCAGCCAGCUGUACGAUCUGCACGAGCGCAACGCGGCCAGCGACUACUUCAGCAAGACCUUCCCGCGCUCCCACUUGCAACAGAGCGGCGCAGCAGCUGCUGCUGCUGUUGCCUCGACCACCUCGACAGCCACGACGAAUCUAUCGGGCGGCUCCUCCGGCUAUCCCACUGACUAUGGCCUGCCGCUGGUGCCCGGCGCCGAGCAUCAGCACAAUCAUCAGCUGCAAAUGCAUCCGUUGCAUCAGCUGCAGCAGCAGCUCAAUCAGCACCAGCUGCAGCAGCAUCAUGGCUCCAGUUCCACGCACAGCGGCAGUCCACACUUCAGCAGUCGCACCCUGCCACGCCUACACGAUGGAGGCGGCGGCAGCAGCAGCACGGCCUCGGCCAGCUCAUCGCCCACGCCCGCUCAGGCUCCGGCCAGCUCCAGUUCCUGCUCAAUACUGCCCAACGGUCAGCCCGUAAAUGCCAAGACGAUACGGGUCUGGCAGAAGGGAGGCGUGCCCGUGCUGCCGCCCGUCACUGCGCUGAAGCGUGCGCUCAUCAGCAGCAGCCGCAACUCGCCGGACGAGGGGUAUCAAGAGGGCUGCGGCACCGAUGUCUAAGCGCCCCCCAACCCAUACGAGCACCCAAACACACACACACACACACCCGCACACAAACACACACACAAUUCCCAGCAGAACUGACUAAACUUAAAACCCAAUUUACACAGUAAACACUCACUAUAACCAACGCAUAUUUGAUACAUAUGGGCUCAUCGACUAGCGAGAAUCGGGCGAUUUUGUGUGGCGUGAAUUUGUGCAAGCAAACUGUUUGUGAUAGUGUCUGAUAAAAGAUAUUGCGAAUGAAGAUAAUAAACGAACUAAAAGGAAAAUUGCAAAAGCAAAAGCAAGGCAUAAAAAAAACAUAAAGAAAGUAAAUGAACUAAAAAGAAUAUCGAAGCAAAAUAUAAUUGUAUACUCCUAGUAUAAAGUUAAACU